CUGUAAUAAUAUACAGUCUAUGGUAGGCAUUGAUGACUCAUAGGAGCUCAACAUUGCCCCUUAGCGGUGUUACCUGCAACAGGAGCUAUUUUUAAUCCAUUCAGAUCCAAAAGCCAGGUGCUUUGGAAAAACGCACAUAGCACAUAAUGCGCACAUCAACCAGUCACCCGUCAGUUCCUCAUCAGUAGAGGUGUCUCGUAGUCAGUGCUGCAAGGAUGGAGAGAAGAGGCAGAGAAGAUGGAGGACAGGGGAGAGGGAGGAAGGGAGGGGAGGAGGUUGCUGUUAAUAGAACAGACAGGACCAGAAUAGCAGGGCGUCGCAGAAGAAUAGCGAGUCUCUGCAUCCAGCAUCUUCAUAUCUGAAACUCGAGUCAGGCAACAUAAAAUCACUGAAAUUAACAGCUGUAAGUCUUUUGCAAGUGCUGUUUGUUUAAGUGGGCCGGAAUAAGCUUUAUUAGGAAAGGGACACAUGUUGCAACAUAUAGGCUAGUCAUGCCUGAAAUACGGCAUGUUUGACUGUUACAAUAAGCGACUACAGGCAUGUGAAAAGAUAGCCUACCUGGAAACCCCCCCCCCCCCCUUCACACACCUCUGUCUUUGUCCUUGAGACAGCACGGACCACCAGACAUUUAGCUCUUUAACGGGGUUAAACCGGUCUCUGGUGGUCUGGUCCAUUUGGGACUCCUCCUUUAUCAUCGAUCCCCUCCACCCCUCCCCUCCAGACACACACACACACACACACACAUCGCUCUCUUCCGCCGCUGCUCCCUGCACAGCCGCAGUCCACGGCGAUGCGCCGUUAACGGCAGACCCACUCCGCGCUCUUUUCUUCUCCUCGCAUCAUCCCCGCUUCCAGGCAGAGAAGACCAGCAUUCCCCUCCCCGGGCUGUGUCUCUGUCCGCCGGCGCUGCACCAUCCUUAUCAAUAACAUGGAAAUAGAAGGCUGUCGUUCUUCCAUCUAGACGGGAAGUCUCACCUUACAGAGUCAAGACGGGGGGCACAAUGAGUGAAGAGCCGCCGGUCACCUCCAGCUGGCUGACCCCUGACCCCACAGCAUGGGCCAGCGGAGGCGGGGGGCCGAUGGACAACAGCACCAGCUUGGGGACGUUUCCUCCAGACUCCCUUCCACCCAGCCAGCUGCCCCUGCUGAUCAACCCCUGGGACAUUGUGCUGUGCUCAUCGGGGACUCUGAUAGCCUGUGAGAACGCCCUGGUGGUGUUGGUGAUCUGGCAGAACCCAGCGCUCAGAGCUCCCAUGUUCCUGCUUAUUGGCAGCCUGGCGCUGGCCGACCUACUGGCCGGCCUGGGCCUGGUGCUUCACUUCACCUGUGCCUAUUUGCUUCAGUCCGACUCGGCCCAGUUGCUGACCGUGGGCCUGGUGGUGGCCUCCUUCUCCGCUUCCGUCUUCAGCCUGCUGGCCAUCACUAUUGACCGCUACCUGUCGCUGUACUAUGCCCUCACCUAUAACUCAGAGCGGACAGCGGCCUUCACCUACACCAUGCUGGUGCUGCUGUGGGGCCUCUCCCUGUGUCUGGGCCUGCUUCCCGUCACAGGGGUCAACUGCCUGGCAGAGGAGGCUACAUGCAGCGUGGUGCGGCCACUCACAAAGAACAACAUUGCCGUGCUGUCCGUCUCCUUCCUGCUGCUCUUCGGCCUCAUGCUGCAACUCUAUGUCCAGAUCUGCAAGAUUGUGAUGCGCCAUGCUCACCAAAUCGCCCUCCAGCACCACUUCCUGGCUGCCUCACCCCACUACGUCACAACACGGAAGGGCGUGUCCACGCUGGCCAUCAUCCUGGGUACCUUUGCUGCCUGCUGGAUGCCAUUUACUGUCUACUCUCUCAUUGCUGACUACACCUACCCUCCACUCUACACCUACGCCACGCUGGUGCCUGCCACCUACAACUCCGUCAUCAACCCGGUCAUCUACGCCUUCAGGAACCAGGAGAUCCAGAAGGCGCUGUGGCUGGUGUGCUGCGGCUGUGUGCCUGCCAGCGUGGCCCAGCGUGCACGUACCCCUAGUGACGUCUGACCAAGCAGACCAAUGUGGGAAGAGAGAGGCGCCCUAAGUCAGCUUUGCUCCUUACUGGAUGUGUCUGGUGUAUAAUAGAGCAGCAGCAAGGGAGGUCAGGGGAAGUGGCAGAGGGCUGUGGCUUCAGUUCUGGCUGGAGAUGUUACUGGCAGUGGCAGUUUUGUUAAUUAUCCACUGCCCACCUGGAUGGAUGGCGUUUUUUAUUUUGUUACACUCACCAUAGGGCAAGGUGUCUCACUGUAUUCCCUAGUGAGGCGGACAGUGCGCGGGCAGCAUCCCGCCCCCUCCCGUUCAACCCGUGCCACGCCCUUUUUCUGUUCUGCAAAAAGCGCUGAGUGCAUCACAUGUUACAGGCAGCAGCUCUAUGUGCAUAUAGUUAACAGCACUUGAGCUUUGGUUGACACGUGCUUGGUUUUCUUUAAAUAAGGAGGGAUUAUUAGUUUGCGCGCGUGCGUAAAAGCGCACAGCAGAUUAACUAAACAAUGCGCGAAAAGAGCAGAGGCCGCGGCUGAAUAUGCAGGCAUUUCCACGUAAAGCCCGUCUGAAGCAGCAUCCCGGCGCUCUGCUGCUGCACUCUGAACGUGCGUCGAAAGCUAAACAGCCGCGGAGAGCUAAAAAUAGACCCGGCGCUCUCUGAUCCGCGCCCUGAGUCCUCCACAGACGCCGAGAUAGAAAUUAAGCCGUUUCUUCCUCUCCAAAUUUAUCAGUCUUCUUUUCUCUCUGGAUUGUGCGUACAUGUGUUUUAGUUCAUCUCGCGUCUGGGAGGCUCAAGAUAAAGCCCCAGGAGACCCCACCAGUAACCCCUCCUCCAUUUCUUUUCAUCAUUAACGGGAGACCAAACUGAAUAGAAACCUAUCAGACUAUAUAACCACCUUAAAUCGCCCCUCUUUCACCUUUUGAAUGGAGAUUAUAUAUGUUUUUUUGAAUGUCUGGAGAUUGUUUUAUCAUUUUUAAUUGAGAAAACCCCACAAAUUUGAACGAUAAUUUGAAUUAUCAGGUGUUUUUUUUAAAAGGAUAACACAAAUAUCAAAUGUAUUAUCCCUCAAGGAAUACAAUAGGAUAUUAAAUUAACAUGUCUAUGUUUAGAUCACUACAAACCUGUAGACAAAAGCCCAACUAGCAAAAUAAUACAAGUGAUUUUUGUUGGUGAAAAUCUGUUAAAUCUGAAUGCAUUUCCAUUUAUUUGAUAUUUUUGGCUCCAUGCUGGACCUCAGUGUAAUUGGCAUGCAACAUAUGCCCUUUUCCCCAUGAGUUCAGUGUGGUAGGUCACAGGCCAUGUGUCAUGUAUACCCUGAUGUCAUCAUGGCCCUAAUCAUUUUGUUUAUGUACAUAGUGUAUCUCACAUUGAAUGAGCUACAAUCUUGAUGGUCACGAAAAGUUGCACCCUUUUAGAAAAAUGUGGAACGUUUAAAAUAUUUUGCUGCAUAGUGCGGAUAGUUUGAAGUUUAGAAGCUGCUUUGAUCAUGAUUUGAGUUGAACUUAGUGUGAUUCAGUGAAAACCCAAACUGACAACACCUACUGGCUGCUCUGAGUUAGUUCUCAUUUAUUUUGUUAUCUCAAAAUUAGUUUGCAAACCUGACAAACAUGCUCGCUAAUCCCUCAUUCCUUCAUAUCUUGUCAGCAAUAACUAGCCUAUGAAUGGUAGUUAUUUUUUUUUAGAUGUGAAGCAAUACUCAGACAGCAAUAACAUCCACAUCCCACCAUGACUUCUUCCUGCUGCAUGAAGUACCAUAAUGGCCGCUCAGGUUAGGGGGAUGUGUUGUAGUGACUAGCAUCAUGUAGUGAGCUACAGUGAUGCUUCAGUGAUACAUUUUCAAAUAGGUGGUAGGAUAAUCACUCCUGGGCUGGAAAAUGUGGACAAGAUGAAACAACGUCAUGGUGACACCACUGCCUCAUUCCUGCGUAAUGAUUUUUUCUUCUGACUCAAAAUCGGGCUUUGAUUAUUUGUCACACCAGGAUGACAUUUUAUUUUGUUGCCUCUGCCUUUUGUGAUGAACUGUCCUGAGUAUCGUAACCUCAUGUGUCUCAUGUGUGAUUUGGGACUGUUUUUCGUGCAUAAGUUGCAUGGCCUCUGGGUGUGUGUGUGCGUGGGGGUGUGUGUGUGUCCAGCAGCUAAGUAGACCAUAAUCUUCUCCUUGUAAGGGAGGUAAAACAGGUCUGAGGAAUGUAACUUCCUGUUGACCCCCUGAUGUGAGAGGAUAAUGCUGCCAGUCUUCCUGUCAAUUCGGAGAGAAGUGGCGUUGUUGCGUGUUUGUAGAGCUUUUUUAAAGAGGGAUAGGACUAGUACGUAGAAGCUCCAGCACUUCAAGCCAAAGUGAAAGGGACUCUGAAUGAACUGGAUCCUAGUCCUGCCGUGUGUUUUCUGUCUCCUAUAUAUUAGUAAUAUUCUACUUUAAAAUCAAUCUAGUCUGGUCGAGGCAGGCGUCCGCUAAGUGACCUCUGAAUGAUUCUAUGAGCUAAAAAUCACUUCCAAACACAAAGACACUGCUAUUUCUUUCCUUCCUUGCUGCCUCCCCUCUCAGCGAGCCUGAUAGAGGCAUUUGAGCAGUUCCAAUCUUCAUCUUUCUGGCCUUAGAUCUGGUGCAAAAAA